AUGGCGUCAGCAACACGGAACCUGCUGCUGCAGUCGCGGCGCUGCCCGUCGUCCCUCACACCCCGCUCGACAUCCAAGUGCGCAUCCCAAUGGCGGCGGCCGUUCUCCACAACACGCAGUCGGUCCGCGAGAGACCGAGACGACGAGCCUCCCCGCGAAGUGGAAAAGAAGCCUGCAAAGCCCGCGCUGGAGUCAACAUGGGCGAGCACGCCGGACAAGGCGGCGAUUCAGCUGCAGAAGCUCGCGGCGGACUUGAAGGAGCUAAAUGAGGAGUCGGUCCAGGACGCGGCUCGCCGAGGCAGGGACGGCCGGGAAGUCGCGACCGAGUACGAGUUGGACAACGACGACGACCUUGAGAUGGCCGAGGAAGACCGACGUCUCACGCAAAUCGGGUUCUGGGCUGAAGGAGAGGAGUCCAUGGGUCCAGACGAAGACUACUACGGCGACGACAUCACGAGUCACGGGCACGGAGAGCUGCGAUCGCACCGGUACUUGAGGGAGUACGCGCGACUGAUUGCGUGGGAGCUGCCUCUGCUGAACCAGCUCGCGCGCCCCUUCGAACCCCCCACGGCGGCAACGCCGUUCCGCUUCCGCUACACGUCGUAUCUGGGCGAAUCGCACCCGGCGGCCAACAAAGUUGUGGUGGAAUUCUCCCCCUCGGACCUGGGUCUCACGCCCGUGCAGCGCUCGAAGCUGAUCAAGCUCUCUGGUCCACGCUACAACCCGUCGUCGGAUCUGAUCAAGCUGUCAACGGAGCAGUUUGACACGCAGACGCAGAACAAGCGGUUCCUGGGCGAGACCAUUCAGAGUCUGAUGGCCGAGGCCAAGGACGCCAAGGACACGUUCGAGGACGUGCCGUUUGACUUCCGGCACCACAAGGCCAAGGUGCGGCACGAGUUCCCCAAGGAGUGGAUCCUGACGGCGGAGCGCAAGAAGUACCUUGCGGAGAAGCGGGCAGAGGCAGCGAGGCUGGAGGACCAGAAGAGGGGUAAUGGGCUGCUGGUGGAUGGCAACACGGUGAUUGAGACGAGCCUGCCGUUGUUGGAACAGGCGGAGCCGGUGCUGAUGGAGACGCCGAGGCGGAAGCAGAGGUGA